CAUCAUCAUCAUCCGGAGAUGGAUCCACAUCAGCAUGAGAUGAAGGGAGAUGCAUCAGAAGAAGAAUGUUACAGCAGCAGUGAAUCUGGAUGGACCAUGUACAUAGGGUCCCCCAUGGAUGAUGACCAUGAUGAUGAUGAUGAUGAUGAUGAUGAUUCCAUGGCUUCUGAUGCUUCAUCUGCUCCAACUCAUUAUUAUCCACUUCAAGAAGCUCAAGAGGAACAACAACAACAUGAUCUCAAUGAUGAUGAUGAGAACAACCAUUGCUUAGUCAGCAAAGCAAAGAAGAAACCAGUAGAACAAGAAGAAGAAAAGAAGAAGAAAAGGGAGGAAGAGGAGAAUUAAGAAGACCAAAUCUACUAAUGCUACCGUAGUUCAGGUGAGAAAAGGGAAAUAGAUUAUGCCUAAUUUCACCUUAAUUAUCUUGGUUUAAUCUC